UAUCUGUGUCAACUGCCACCCGAAUCAACCCAUAACAUAACCCGUCCCAUAUAAAUACCUAACCUAAAAAGAUUUUCCAAAAACUUUUUGAAUUUUCAAGAAUAAUCCAAUUUAAAAGAUGGAAAGCGAUAAAGAAAACGUUGUUCAAGCAGUGGUAUUAAUGGAUGUUUUCAAUACUAAUUUUGUUCCAAUUUGUAAUAACAAACCUAUGGGCUUAUUUCCCGUUGCAGGUGUUCCUCUAAUAGAUUAUGUACUGGAAUCUCUGGUGUCUGGAGGUGUAGGCGAAACCAUACUUUUUUGCUGUCAAGAUGGCCCUAAAAUUAAGGAUCACAUAAAAAAAUGUAAAUUAGAUAAAGUUCCAUGGACUUUAAUGAUGGACGUGCAAAUCAUGACUUCAGAUAUUUGUCAGACUAUGGGGGAUGUUAUGAGAGAAAUAGAUGCUGCUGGCAUGGUCCGUGGAUUCUUUGUACUCUUAGGAGUAAAUACAAUAACAAAUAUCAAUUUUGCAGCUUUGUUAGAGCAACACAAGCAAACCUGUAAGAAAGAUAAAGGAGCAGCGAUGACCCUUGUAUAUAAAGAAGUCGCUUGGGAGCACCCUUUGAUUAGCAAUGAUAAAUCAUUUCUAUUGGCAGCUGAUGGCAAUACACAGAAAGUUUUGAUGCAUGAGAAAUACAAGCCAAAAUCAAAAGAAGCCACAAUUUCUUUGCCUUUGGAAAUAGUUUUACAACAUUCUGAAGUCAAGUUACAUCAUAAUUUAGUGGACGCGAACAUUGCUCUUUGUUCUCCAUCAGUGCCACCACUUUUCUCAGAUAAUUUUGAUUUCCAAACCAGAAAUGAUUUUAUACAUGGAAUACUUAUAAAUGAAGACAUUUUAGCAAGUACCUUAUAUUACACAUUAACAAAAGAAAAUCAGUAUGCUGCAGCCAUAACAAACUGGAAAACUUAUCAAAUUGUUUGUUGGGAUAUAUUACACAACUGGGCAUACCCAUUGUCAAUUGAAACUGGUUCAUUUUAUAAAAACAGCUAUAUGUUUAUGGGCAAACACAACUUUAGAAAGAUUAACUCAACUUUAAGCAGAUCUUGUACAUUAAAAGAGGAUGUUCUAAUCGGAGAUGGAACACACAUCAGUGAUAUGUCAUUAGUAUCCAGAUCUAUGAUUGGCAAUAACUGUAAAAUUGGAAAUAAUGUUGAAAUCCAAGGCAGUCACAUUAUGAACAAUGUAGUAAUUAAAGAUAAUAGUAAAAUACUGAACAGCUUUAUUGACAGUAGCUGCACAGUUGAAGAAAAUUGUAAUUUAGAAGGUGUUAUAGCUGCUUCUAAUGUAUGUAUAGAUGCUGAUAGUAAACACAAAGGGCACAUAUUUGAAGAAUUGAAAACUGAGAACGAUAAAACACUUUUAAAAUCAACAUCUGAAAGUGGAACAGAGUGGGAGAAUGAGUCAUCAGGAGAUGGAGAAGAUGAGUUUGUGGGUUUUGAAAAGGAAUGGAGUGACAGCGAAUCAUUUUAUUCUGACGACAGUAGUGCUGUUUCCUCUUUACCUGAAUCUCCAGUACCUGAAGAUACUAAUAUAUUCCUUCAAGAAGUUAUAGAUAGUUUAGCUAGAGGUUAUGAAGAGAAACUCAAAUGUGAUUAUCUUAUAUUGGAAAUCAAUUCAUCAAGAUAUGCCUACAAUAUACAGUUGCAUGAAGUGAACUUCUAUGUCAUUAGAGCACUUCUCUCUAUGCCAGUAUUGGUUGAUAGUAAAAGUGUACUCAAUACUGUGAAAGAUAUAAUUAAAUUUUUUCGUCCAGUAAUUUCUAAUUAUAUCAAAAGUAAAUCCUCUAUUAUGGAUUGUUUGAGAGCUGUAGAAGAUAGUUGUAUUAAAAAUGAAUGGCUAGAUGGAAAAGCUGGGCAAAUUAUCCACUUACUGUAUGAAUUUGAUGUUGUUGAUGAGGAUUCUUUGAUAGAAUGGCACAGAGAUUUGAAAGAAAACGAAAGUGUUCUUGCUGGACAAUCAUCAGUAAUCAAGUUCUUUGAAUGGCUUCAAGAAGCAAGCGAGGAAAGUGAAGGCUCAGAUUGAUGAACUUCAAAAAUUAAAAACCUUUUUCAAACAAUCAUUUAUUUGGAAAUCAGUAGCUGUUUGCAAAACUUGUGAUUAGUACAUUGCAAUCAUCACAAUGAUUAAUUGGCUGAAUUUAAAAUAAUAAUUAUGGUACUGUUGCCAUAACUUUAUGUUUUAACUUAGACUUUAGAGUAUCAGCCUAUUUGGACCCUCCCAGGUUGUGAUAAGUGCAUUGUUUGAAUCAAAGUUAAAAUUUGUAGUUCACAACUGCCAUAACUGCCCUAUUGGCUGCAGUUGUGUACUAUAAAUUUAAUGUACAUAUAUAGUAAUUAAUUAAUUAAUUAAUAAUUGUAAGUGAAAAUUAUCGAAUUGUGGCAUACUGCUGAAAUUGUACAGUUGAAAAAUUUCUAAACUUGUUAAUAUCGAAUGAAGUUGGUUCACAUGG